CACUGGCCAACUGUCCCCACCUUCUUGGUGCUGCUCAGUACCUACCUCAGACUAGUGAGGUCAGAAAAAAGAAAGGAAUUAGGAAGAGCGAGAUGGGGCCAAGACUCCAGGCAGACACUCCUGGUUCAAGCUGUUCAAGCUCUGUGUCUGGAUAAAUGGUUCAGUUAUACCCCUUUCUCCCAAGUCAGAGCUCCCUCUGGGUCUCAGGGUGAUGCUGGGCUGUGUAGAGGCUGAGAGCAGCUGCAUUAGUUCAAAUCCAGGCUCUGCCACUUACCCGCAGUAUGUCCUUGGGCAUGUGAACUUAGCUCCUCCGUGCCUCAGUCUCCUUAUCCAUACAAUGGACAUCACAGAGCUUCUGCUGAGGAUGAACAAAGCUGCCUCAUGCUAAAGGCUUAGCAUAGUGCCUGGUUCCCAGUAAGGGCCCAGCAAAUAGAGUCAAUAAUUACAAAUGAAUACUCAAAUAGCGUUCACCCUGUGCAGGCACGAUUUAAGCUCUUUACAUAGAUUGUUGUCAUAUAAACUCACUUCUCUCUUUUACAGAUGGAGAAACUGGAAUCUGAAGAUCACCCAGCUGUGAAUGAUGGACAUUCAGACCCUGGGGCAGACAGGCUCCAGGGUCGGGGCUCUCAAGCCAUCACCACAAGGACGCUGAUCUUCAAGGGUGGUCGCCCCCCAGGGAAAAGCUGAACUCCUAAUCCCCUCCGAUUUCCUCAGUAUGAGAAGGAUGGGAGAGGAUGGAAGGGUCUCAGCCACAGUGGGGAGGGAAGGAGCAGAUGACGGUGAGAGAGCCUCCACAUCAGGGCUGAACCCAGAGCUCACAGCUGGACUGGUGGCUGAAGUCAGGCGGGGAGCCCCAGCCCGCUCAAGAGGAACGAGGUGGGGGAAGGUUGGGGAGGGGAGCAAGUCCACGAAGCUGAGCGAGGUGGCCAGAGCGCCGCCCCCAGGAGGGAAGGGAGGGUUGGCGGGGCUCUGGGAAGGGCGGUGUGGGGGGGGGGGGAUGCCCAGCUGCCGUCCCCGCCGCCUCCUGGCCCCCACUCGCCGGCGCCCAAGUGGGAGGACGGCAGCUGCCCGCUCCCUCCUCCCGACACCCCCGCUACCUGCCCGGUCCCCCAGCGAAGCGUGAGGAGGCUGAGAGCCCGUGGGGCCGAGCCCGUAACUUUGCAGCCUCGGGGAGGGCGAGAGCCGGCGUCCGGGGCUCCUCUUGUCGGCGACUAGAGCUCGGAGUGUGAUUGAGGAUGCUGGCCCUGAGGCUGCUCAACGUGGUGGCCCCCGCCUACUUCCUGUGCAUCGCCCUGGUGACAUUGGUGCUGCAGCUCUUCCUGUUUCUGCCCCGCAUGCGUGAGGACCCCACGGCCGCCCGCCUCUUCUCGCCCGCCCUGCUCCACGGGGCGCUCUUCCUGUUCCUCUCCGCCAACGCCCUGGGCAACUACGUCCUGGUCAUCCAGAACUCCCCGGACGACCUGGACGCCUGCCAGGGGGCCGAGGCCAGGAGGGCCCUGUGCCCCCCGCCCAGCACCCACUUCUGCCGCGUGUGUGCCAGAGUCACCCUGAGGCACGACCACCACUGUUUCUUCACCGGCAACUGCAUCGGGAGCAGGAACAUGCGAAACUUCAUCCUGUUCUGCCUCUACACCUCGCUGGCCUGCCUCUACUCCAUGGUGGCCGGCGUGGCCUACAUCUCCGCGGUCCUGUCCAUCUCCUUCGCCCACCCUCUGGCCUUCCUCACGCUCCUUCCCACCUCCAUCAGCCAGUUCUUCUCCGGAGCUGUCCUCGGUUCUGAAAUGUUCGUCAUCCUCAUGCUUUAUCUCUGGUUUGCCAUUGGCCUGGCCUGCGCUGGCUUCUGCUGCCAUCAGCUGCUGUUGAUUCUCCGGGGGCAGACCCGCCACCAGGUGCGGAAGGGGGUGGCGGUGAGGGCCCGGCCUUGGCGCAAGAACUUACAGGAGGUCUUCGGGAAGAGGUGGCUGUUGGGCCUGCUGGUCCCCAUGUUCAAUGUAGGAAGCGAGAGCUGCAAGCAGCGGGACAAGUAGCGGGCGCUCCCAUCACUCCUCUGCGUGUGUGUGUCUGUCUUGACUCCUCGUGAACAUGAGACCACAGCACCCCGUCUCAACCCAUGACCCACUACAACUUUGGACUGGUAAGGUCCUAGCAUCCACCCCUGGUCUAUAACACCAGAGAACUGUGUUGGUUCUCAAGGAGGAAAGAUGGCCACCCAGGCAUUGCUAGGCUCCCCCAUGAGCCAGCCUGGUGGCUGAUAACUGUUCAGAGGCCUCUGUUUUUGUUUCCAUCCCUUGAGUGCCUGCUUUUCCCCUCUGCCUGGUGCAUACACUCUCUACCAAGUCUCCUGUCAUCAUUGCUAUCCGCUAGAGCUUUUCCUUUCAACCCUAGACUAGGAGUGGGGAGCGGAUUCUUACUGCUGGUAUGAUGCUCCCUAAAGGCCUGAAAUCUGGCAAAAAUGUUUAGAAUGACCACGGGUGAGAGGCAGCCAAGUCAGCUCUGCCAACUGCUAGUGAAGUUGGGAAAGGAGGGUCGUGUGUCCUCAUCUCUGUGGAACUGUGGACAGUGGAAGGAAAAAAGAACUCAGUAGCUUGCUGCCCAGCCCCCAAGUUGCAAGGCCUUUUCUCUGGGAGAUAGAGGCCAACAGCCUGAGAUUUUCCAGCUGCUGUCUCCUGUCCUCCCCACCCGAGCUGGGCCCCCCAGCCCAGUCCAGGACCUGGCUGGAUGCUUCUUUUCCCUGGCACUCUUCCAGCCUUUGCCAUUGGUCUCCAACCUCCAGGUCUUCCAUGGAUGAUAGGAAGACAAGGGAGAAGGGAAGGGAGAUACUGAUAAAUGAGAGAGGUGUGUGACUAUACAGCCACAUAGAUGAGGGCAUGUGUACGUGUCUGUGUGUGUGGGGGGACGGGGGGUGGGGUGGUGGUGAGGAAUGUUGUUAUGAAAAUAGAGUCAGAAUAGGAGGAGAGAGGGUCACGCAGAGAUUGGGCACUGGAAUAUUUUAGGACUGAGAAUGAGGGGCGCAAAUGGGCUUAUUUCUGAAGGACAUUCUAGCAGCUAAAGCUGCUCAAUGUUUGAAUGGUUGCCUGGGGAGAUAGUGAGUGUCCCACAGCUGGAGGUAUUCCAGAAGGGACUCAGCAGCCAUCUAAUAGGUGUGCUGUGGAAGGAAUUUCUGCACAGGGCCAGGGAAAGGAAGCUCCUUUCCACCCCACGACUCUAGUGUCUUCCUGAGCACAAAAGGACCGCUUGCCAGGUCCAGAGGCAAGGCCUGCUGCAGAGAUGCCUGGGAGUUAUUUGCUUUCAUAGAGGAUGAGGCAGGUAGGGAGGGGUCUGAAAAUCAUGAUGCAAACUUUCAGGACCACUGGGUAUUAAUGCUAGUUGGGGGUGUUGGCAUUUGAGAACAGGGGCAUGGAGCCAUUUCAGGAGCAUGUCGGGGCAGUGGCGGGGAAAGCAAAGCUGGAAGGGGAUGCUCAACUCCGAGGAGGGAGACAGGAGGAGUUGAGGCUCAAGAAGGGGGGAGCAGAAUAUAGGGGUGCAAAUAGGAUACCAACCCUGGCUGACUCGGGAUGAAGGCGCUGCUGUGCGUUCUGGGGCCCAGAUGACCAGACCCCUGGGUUAUAUGAGGGAGUGGAGACAACACAAAUGACCCCUCCUGACUGGGCCCCAAAGCCGUUCUGCAGCCAGUCUGCUGAAGCCCAGACUCUGCAGCGUCUAGCUGGUGGUCACAGCGACCCCGACCAUGGCUGCACAACACCUCACAACACCUUGAGCUCUUGAGCAGAGUUUGGGAAGAUUCUGCCUUCAUGCCUCCAGAGAACUGAUGUAGUAACAGUGCCUCCCGCUCAUACUUCUCCCUCUUAUAUUCAUGCAUUCAUUCAUGCCUCCUACUGUAUUUAUUGAGCACCAACUAUGUGCCAAGUCUCUACCAGGCACUGGUAUACAACACUGAACAAGAUGGUGAGAUCCCUGCCCCCGGGAGCAUCCCGUUGCUGUCCCCAUGCACUGACUCCCACCCCCUGAAAAAUGGUUACUCUGCUGUCUCGUUAGACAGCAGGACAGGUCAUUUGGAGGGGAAGGAUGUGGCAAAGGGAGUGAAACGGGGCUCCCAGGCUUCCAGGAUGGAGGGGUUAUUGGGGGGGAGCAUGCUCACCCUCAGUUCUGACCACACUGAAGCACUGGGAGUGGAAGAGGAGCAGGGAGACCCCAAAACUCAGGCUUGGAAGCCAGCCCUGCCACGCUCCAACUCCUGGAGGCUCAGCCAUUGUGAAGGAGCAAAAGACAGAUGAUGCAGGGAGUCAUCUACUGGCUGAUUGGCCAGAGGGAGUGGCAGUGGGGAGGUUGCCAGGUGUGGGGCUUGAGUAAUAUUUGUACACAUGGCUGAGUAUUGUCAGUAAAGAACAUCAAUAAAAUAUGUGGUUUUAAAUUGGA